UUGUGUCAAGGGGCAGUGGGUACAACAGAGCAGAGCCCCCCUGCACCCCUGCCUGGCUGCAUUGGGGUACCGGGGGCAGGGUGGCCGGGGCUCCUUCCCUUCCCCAGUUUCCCCGGCUUUCACACGAUGGCAGCAGAGGCGAGGAAACACGUUCGCAGCUGGUUGGAACCGGGCUGAGCUGGGGGCUCUGCUUCUGGCCUGGUUGCCCACCACGCUACCCCUGCCUGCUGUCUCAGCCUGCCCUGUGCUGCAGCCUGCCCUGGUCUCAGCAGCCAGGAUCGGGCCCCGGCUCCUCCUCCGGCCACCCCGUGACGGGUCCCAGGGGUGACAUUACCUGCCCAACCUGCGCUGCGACACCCAGUCCCACCCCUUGAGUCAACCAGCCCGUUCUGCACCACCAACCUGGCCAGCCUUGGCGGCUCUCCUCCGAACCCUACUCGCUUCCCCGGACCCCGCUCACUCCGUGCUCACUCCCUGCCAGAGAGGAAACUUUGUCCCCUCCAUCUCCUCCCUCUGCGCCUUUCGGAGCCCGGCCCGCCCUACACUGUCUGCUCGAGGCUUUGCAGCGGGAAGGAGGAAACCAAGCAGCGGCAGCCCUGGCGAGGGCGGGUGGCAGCCGGGACGACAUGGGCAACACCGAGGAGGAUUAUAACUUCGUCUUCAAGGUCGUCCUGAUCGGGGAGUCCGGGGUGGGCAAAACCAACCUGCUCUCCCGCUUCACCCGCAAUGAGUUCAACCAUGACAGCCGCACCACCAUCGGCGUGGAGUUCUCCACCCGCACCAUCCUGGUGGGAGACGCCGUGGUGAAGGCUCAGAUCUGGGACACGGCUGGGCUGGAGCGGUACCGUGCCAUCACCUCUGCGUAUUACCGGGGGGCAGUGGGUGCCCUGGUCGUCUUUGACAUCACCAAGCACCAGACAUACAAUGUGGUGGACCGCUGGCUGAAGGAGCUGUACGACCAUGCUGAGGCCAGCAUCAUCGUCAUGCUGGUGGGGAACAAGACCGACCUCACGCAGGCUCGGGAGGUGCCCAUGGAGGAGGCGAAAAUGUUUGCAGACAACAAUGGGCUGCUGUUUGUUGAGACCUCGGCGCUGGACUCCACCAAUGUUGAGCAGGCAUUCGAGACCAUCCUGAAGGAGAUCUUCCACAAAGUGCAGAAGCAGAAGCAGAGGAACAGCCAAAGCAACACGGUGUCGCUUGCCAGUGAGACCCUGGCGAGCACAGCCCCGGCGCAGACGGAGAAGCGCCCGUGCUGUGUGGCCCUCUGAGCUGGCCGGGCACCCCGGGAAGGCCCUGGGGACCCCCACAGCCCCAGGACAUGCCAGCGGCAUAGCGCUGGGUCUGCCUCUGCGCAGACUCGUCUGGCCACUGGCACAGGCUGGUGUCACCCAGCCUGCUGUGGCACCCCUGUCCUGGUGCAGUGGGGACCAGCAGCCUGGACAGUGGCCAAAUUCUGCCAUAAACAGUGAGAAGCACCAGUGCCGGGAGCUCUUCUCUGUCUGCUUCAUUUUUGCUGGGCCCCAAUUAGCAUCACCACCAUCAUGCACGGACCUCCCAGCCCCUCUGGACCCGUGGUGCAGAGGACUGAGAUACCCCCAAAGCACCUCUGCGGAAGGAGCCAGGAGGUUCUGGCCAGGAUCGUGCCAGCGACGGGAGCCUCUACGAUUGCGUCUGGUCCUGGGGUUGCUCCCGUGGGGCCACCCUGUGCCACAUACUGGGGACAUGGCUGUCCCUACAGGUCUCCAUCCCCACCGGGGACUGCUCUGGAGUCAUCCCAAGCCCUAAAGAGCAAAGUGGCAGCGCUCAGCCCUUGGCACACCUCUGUCCCCAUCCCAGACACGGGACGAGCGUGAUGGCAGGACCUAGCGAAGGUCCCUCCUGUCUGCACAGCGGGAUGGGGCUCAGUGCAGAGCCCAGUGCCAAAAGCCCGGGAGCAGCUCCGUGUCCAGCGCAACAGUGACGCAAUCAUUAAAGGACUUGCAAAAUGCA